AAGUGACAAAAUAAAUGUAAAUGGCAAAUGCCAAGAUGGCUGAUGUUGAGCUUUGAUAUAUCUCUGAAAAUUGACUAUUUACUGAUCUGCAGAAUUGUUUUAUACACGCUUGAUUUAUAUUAAGUGUAGUGUUACAUUAGGCUUUUUAUGUAUGUGGUAUAAUGUGCGCACUUACGUACGUUUAAAAUAUUUUUAAAAUGAGCGAAACUGCCAACAGCGAGGGACUUGUAGAAUCCGAGAAGCCGGUAACUGUAUCUGAUGAAGUAAAAUUCCCGCCCUUCCCGGAACCAACAGACAAAGAUUUUGAAGAAGAUGUGCCAGAGGAAGAAAGAAUUUAUUAUAAAAAUAAGUUUCCAGAUUUGAGUGUCGUUAAGUCUAUGCGAUUACAUUGUACUUCAUGUGAUCGUCACCUGGGUUCGUCUGCUCGUAAUGUGUCUCGUAUGCGCGCUCAUCCUAUGCUGCGAACGCUGGUUUGCCAUACUUGUCACACAUUCUAUAAUAGUGGAGAAUUUGAAAAAGGAGAUGAUGGCUCUGAAUUGUACUGUCGCUGGUGUGGCCAAGGUGGUCAAGUGUAUUGCUGUUCAAAUUGUCCACAUGUGUUUUGUGCGAAAUGUAUAAAACGAAAUUUUGGUGCUGUUAAAAUUAAAGAAAUUGAAAGCACAGAUGAUUGGAAAUGCUUUAAAUGCAGUCCCGAUUGUUUGAAAGACCUUCGGGCAUCAUGUUGGGCAACACUGCGGUACUGUGAUUUAAAAAAUGAGAUGACAUAUAAAACGGAAGAUCCCAAAUUAAGGGAAUUAUAUCAGAAAGAUUGUGCUCAAGAUUAUACUGAAUGCUGUAAACAUAAAAAUAAAAGAAAAGAAAAAGAAUCUAGGAAAAAGGACCCUGAACAUCAAACGAGAAAAAGCACAGCUGCAGCUUCAAUUAUAUCUAAAAUACCACCUACAAUACAGGUGAAAAAGUUUGCUUCAAUGAGUACUGAUGAGACUGCGAAACCUGAAAAAAAAGCUGUUAAGAGACCUUCUAGUCCAAAAAACACUGGGAUAUUUAUAAAAAAUCCUAUAGCUAUAGCUCCUGGUCCCCGAUUAUUAAAUCCAAUCAGUUUUCCGUCACCACUAAAAAAGAUAAAGGUGUCACCUGCACCAGUGAUCAAAUUUUUUAAGGAUGUUAGCAAUGUGGCAACUUACUCUAGAGUAAAGCAGAGACCUACAGUGCCUCCUGUGCCUAUAAUGCCUAAUUUCAAUGGUUUCAAUAAUUCAAGAACUUUUAACAACGUGAACAUGGUUGUUAGUGAUAACAUAAAUUUAUCAUUAGAAAAUUUAACACAGGGAUUAGAUAUGGCUUCAAUGGCUGCAAUGUCUUCUAAUGAUAAUUCACAAAAUGAUGUAGUAUGUACUCCUGAUUUUCCUAUGGAGCCUCUGUGCGAGGUAAGUGAAGACAAUGAUGAUGAUGUUCAAUGCAUUUCCCCUGAUCCUGUUGUUGUGAACUAUAAUACCAGUAACCCACCUCCACUCUUACCGCGUGGCACUGCACUGCCUGAUCUGUCGUCUGAUAAUAUAAUCCAAAUGACUGAAAAUGAUGUUACUGUGAACACAGUCACAGGUGGUUUAAAGUUCCGGGUGGAUCCUCAAACAUUAUCAUCAAAUAAAAUGUACAGGUUACCUGACGGACGCGUAUUUGCUAUUAAAGCAAAUCCUAACAUGCCAGGAGGAUAUUCAGCCACUAUAGUAGCUGUUACAGAAAAUGCUAAGCCAUCAACACCACAAGGAGCUAUAUACGCAGCUAAGCUUAGUGCUGUUUCCAAUGUAAAUUCUUCUACGCCCAAUAAUGCAACAACACGUAGUCACAAUCGAGGUAUAAACACUAAACGUGUCAAUACUUUACAAAAAUCUAAAAGCUCACCAGCAACAGAUAUGAGCAGGGAAUGUGACUUAAGUGUGCCAGUAGAAUGGUAUCGGUAUAAUUUGAUUGAUGCAGUUGACGCUUUAGAAUAUUCUUUAUCGCGUCUCAAUAAACUUAAAAAAGAAGCGACUACUAUGUUUUUACGCACUCGUAACAUACACGAAAUGCGUAAUCUACACAGAACUUUAGAACGGUUACUAAAUACUUCAUCAAAAAGAUUUAACGAAAUAAGAGAAAAUCUUAAUAAGGAAUUGAAACAGUAUAUUUCAAAGAAAAAAGGGGAACAUAUAAGUGACGACGAUGACGAUGACGUGGAAAUAUUGCCAGAUUUGGAUAAUGAUGACCCUAUAUUUAUUGAUGAAAAUUCAGUAGAUUCUAAUAUAAAUGAUAAUGAAAGCCAAAAAGUUGACUUAACUGGGGCUUGUAAUAGUGACCAUAACGACAGUGAAGAAAAGGCAGAUACAUUGAGACUAGAAACAGACCCACUAGCCGAAAAUUGUAACAGCACUGUUAUAAAUAGCAGUGAUGAAUUACAACUAUCAAUAGGUUGUAAUAGUAGUAACGAAAGAAAUAACUUGCAUGAAAACAAAAUAGACAAAGAUAAUGUGAAUAAAGAAAAUGAUGAAAAUAACUGUAUUGAAAAUGACAAUAACAAAAAUAGUAAUAAUGAUAAUAAUAAAUUGGUUUGUAGUAAACCUCUAGAAAAAGAUGGCACUAAAAAUCAAAUUACAGAUAACAAACCAGUCUCUAAAGAAAAAGAAUUUUGUAAUGAUUUGAAACAAGAUUCCAACGAAAAGGAUGCUUCUGCUGAUAUUAAAGAUCCAAACGAAGAGAAAGUAUCUGACGAUGUUAAUGAAGAUUUAAGCGAAAAAGAAUCUUCAAGCCAUACUAAACAAGAACAUGAUGAUAUUAAACAAGAAUCCAAUGAAAAAAAAAGUUUAAAUGAUUUUGGCAUACAAACGACGACACAAAACAAUAUACAGAAGAGUGAUCAUAACAAUGACAAAAAAAAUCAGGACUCUGAUAUAAGUGGUGAACUAAUUGAAACCUUAUUAAAGGAUGAAAACGAAGACACUGCAUCUACUUCUAAUUGCUUAGAAAUUCCAGAUCUGUAAGAUAAAUAUGUAUAUAUUAUUAUGAUCCCCAUAAGUAUAAUAUAAUUGCAUUCUUAGGAUAUUUGAUAACUGUUGUGUAUACAAAUUGUUGAUUAAGUUAAAGUGAAAGGUUCCUUGCCCUUACAAAGUGAUUACUUGGAUAAUAUUUUGGUAUAGUGACAUACUAGCACAACUUUUUUUUUUGUUAAUUAUAUAAAUAUUAUUUUUGUUUCAUACUGUUAUUUGGCAAUUUGUUAUUAGGGUUAUAUUAUUCAAAGUAUGUAUUUCUUGUUGUGGUAAGGAACUUAUGUGCCCAGGAAACUAUUCACAAUAUAUAAUGUGCCCUUUUGAACACAGCUUUGAAAACUUACAGUUCAAAUAAACUGACAUAUUUGGGCGAGGAGUCUUUGUAUAUUUGGGAGCAUUGUUCACUGUUAAACUGGGAUGUAUAGUUAUGGCGGAGUGAAAAAGGACGAAACUUAGAUUGAAAUUAUUAUGUAAAUAAAAAGGUUUAAUUCUGGAUGAAGGAUUUUAUAAUAAAUAAUUUAAUAAUUUUUUUAAUGUAUAACAGUCGUCUACUUGCGAUAGUGGCGACUUAAUAUUUAUAUGUGUCAAAUUGAAUUAAACCAAGUCAAGUCUGCAUUCGUGACUGGCCAAUUUGUUUUUUCUAUACAUUAGCUCUUUUUUACGUAUAUUUCAAAUAGUAUGUUGAUUUUAAAAUUAGAUCUUAACCCUAUCUGCUGCGUACGUAAAAUGCAUUACGGUAAAAAGACUAUCCUACCAGUAAACUCGUUGUCAGAUCACUUUUAAUUGUUUUAUGUCGUUUGAAUUAAGUUUCGUUCCUUCUGACUCCUUCAUACCUAUUUAUGUCACUUUUGAUACUAUAACUCUUGUAAAGUAAAUUCUAAAAUGUUUGUAACGCAUGCGGGACCAGAUGAUUGUCUCGACCACGACUGUUCACAUAUACAGGAUUGAUACAAGAGAAGGGCAUUAAAUUAAACUACGUAUAUUUUAUAUACUCAUUCCUUAUUCCAAAUGGUACGAAAUUAGAUCGCGUGAAUAACUCAAAAAACAAAAAUUCAUACAAAUGAAUCAAGUGAUAUGCAAACACCAUUUAUAAAUAUUUUCGUCACGUAACAAUAUGCAUCGUUGCUCGGGCUAAAGUAUUAGCAUCAUCACUAAUUAUACAUUGAUAGCCCCAAAAUUCUUCAUAUUUUAUAUUAGAUAUAUUCGUCAUCCUUCAUCGGCGAACGAUUUUGUUUUGAAUUCUUCCUAUAAUGUCACUAUUAGCGGCCAAACUUUUUAAUUUAUUAAAUGCUAAAAUAAUGCGAUUUCUUAAUUCAACUAUGGAGUUUACCCACAAAAAGAAGUCUAUAGAAGUUACCAUUACAAUAAAGGCGCGUGUUUACAAUCAUUACAAUAAUAGGCACCGAAGCGGUGCUUGUGUCAACGUGCUUAUUACAUUCGAAUAAGAAUCAAUUUGGUGUAAUUUGUUACUUUAGAAAAUUAAAAACGCGAAAUACCAAAUAUCGAACUUACAUCGUUUCAAAGAAUAAAUAGGGUUGCUAGGUAUGUGGAUCAGAAAUUCUGGAGAAAGAAGAACAAAUAAAAAUUGAAUAUUAAUUAUUAUGAAAGAGGAGCAAAACAAAAUCUUUAUUUAAAUAUAAAUUAUUUACAUGUAUGAAAUUAUAUAAAAGCUACGUUGAGCUCAAUAUUUUUCCCCCUGAAAGUUGUAUUCUUUUACACCACAAGCAGCUUACUAUGUCAUGUCAUAAUAGAUGGCUAAUGCAUAAAAAUCUUUUGCUAGGUAGUUAAUUUUAACGUAAAAUUCAUUAAGGCGAUUAUGACUUUUGACUAUAGUUUAUUAACUAUGCUGAAAACAUGUUCGGCUGUGGCAUUUAAAAUAGGAAUUCCACAGAAUUCUCCCAGUAAAUAAUUGUCAGUAUACAAUUUAUUUUCGAGAAAAAACACCACAAAUCACUGAACACAAUCGAGUGGUUAAGACACUUGGCGACCGACAUUUAGCGCGCAGUGCGAUGACGACCGCAAGAUAGACCAUUUCUAAUAGAUUUUAAUAAAUGAUCACGUUUUGCCGGGUUUUGGCAAUCCUAAAUGCGCCUAACGCGAGAUAUAUAACUAUACAUAGACCAGUGCCGGAUUUAUAUUUUUUAAUGAGUGUAGGGCACUUUAUUUCCGCCGCUCCAUGUACGUAGGUUUAUGUAUGUUUCUAUGUAGGUUUCUAAAAUACUUAAUAAUUUUCCAUUUGUUUGUAUUAUGGAAGGCACUAAAGUUAAAUAAAUGAAUGGUUAAUUAAAUCGAGUUACCGUCCUCUGAAAUCUGCCGCCCAUAGGCCUCAGCCCAUAAGGCCUAUUUACAAAUCCAGGACUGGCGUAGACAGUGAAAGCCGUUGUGGCAGAUACAUCAUGUUGUAAAUAAGCAAAAACUAACAAAAAACUUGUGCCUAAACUACUGUUUUUAUUCAAAUAAACUUUUGCGUAGGGUCUGAACAUAGUAUAGGUGGUUUAUUUUAAUGCCCAUAGGUGGUAUCUACCUUGUAUGUGUUUUUAUAAAUGGAACUCUUUUGAUUUAUAAAACAGAAUACUUUAAUAGUAUACUACAUGUAAAAGUUUUAAUUUUGUAUUCUGUUAUACAUAACAAAAAGUACACGCUACAAAGACGCCAUUUUUGUAAUAAGUUUACAAUAUUUUUAUGUUUGCCUCAAUUCUAGGUAAAUACAUUAUCUAGAAGUAAAAGUUGCUUUACAUAGGCUACUGGAUUUCGAAAUACCUAUAUUCUGUUUUAUCUGAAAUUCAUAGUAGGGAAUAAACUGAUAAUUAUCAAUAUUAUUAUUUAAUGCUGAAACCGACCUAAGGCUAAUGAAAGAUCCAUCAUAGCAUCAAAAUGAAAUCUCAUAUUAAAUAUCAAAUGUCUAGGGCCCUUCUCAAAUUAUCUUACUGAGUUGGGGCUACAUUUUCGCAUCGUUACACAAACAUUCAAGUAGAGUAACCGCGGAGAUUCGAGCUUAUUUAAUCAUAUAUUGCUGGACCCACACCGUCAUCUAAUGGCAUUAAUUAUUGCAUUAAUAGAGAGACAACGUAAAUAUAGCCACGACAUAUCGACAAUUGCUUUUAUUCUGACAAAAAUUUUAGUUUUACCCAGUAAACAUUUUCAAACCUAUAAUGGGUAUUGGGUGUUAUUAAUUCUUAGUGUGGUCCUAAUGCUACCUAUAGCUGAUAUUAUUUAUAACUCAAGUCACGUAUAUUUUUAUGAGUUGACAAAACCUUAUUCAUUUCAUUUGUCUGGCUUGGCAAAUAAUAUCUAAAACCUCACGGUUAAGAACCGAAAUAUACUGUCCUUUUUUAUUAUCAAUGUAUUGACUAGUCAAUUGUAAUCAUUAAUCAAAA